UGCGGAUUUGACAGGGAUGAUCUUAGAAGAUGGGCAUGAAGCAAGAUUUAUUUAGAAAAUUGUGAAGGAGAUUGCGAAUAAAUUGGAUCGCACAGUCUUGAGUGUAGGCCCCUACCAAAUUGGAAUUAAUUCUCGUAUAAAAGAAAUUAAUUCCUGGUUACAAGAUGGCUCAACUGAUGUUGGCAUUGUGACGAUAUGUGGUAUGGGUGGGAUAGGGAAGACAACCAUUGCCAAAACAGUUUAUAAUCUUAACUUCGACAAAUUUGAAGGUAGCAGUUUUCUUGCAAAUAUCAAGGAAAUAUCAGAACAACACGAUGGCUUGGUUUGUUUGCAAAGAAAGCUACUUCAGGAUAUUUUGAAAGGGAAACAGAAAAAAAUUCAGAGUGUUGAUGAAGGUAUUAGUAAGAUCAAAGAUGCUAUAUGCUGUAAAAGAGUUUUUCUUGUGCUUGAUGAUGUGGAUGAAGUGGAGCAAUUAAAUGCGGUACUCAUGAUGCAAGAUUGGUUUUCUCCGGGAAGUAAAAUUAUCAUCACAACUAGACGUGAGCGGUUGCUAACGGCACAAAAACUGUGUAAGGUACAUAAGGUUAAGGAGCUAAAUGAUGAUGAAUCACUUGAGCUCUUCAGUUUGCAUGCCUUUCGACAAGACCACCCCAUUGAAGGUUACGUGGAGCACUCAAAAAGAGUAGUGCAGUACUGCAGAGGGCUGCCUUUAGCUCUUCAAGUUUUGGGCUCUUCCUUACACAAUAAAAAUGUAGAUGUGUGGGAAAGUGCAUCAAAAAAAUUGGAAGCAAUUCCUGAUAGCCAGAUCCUUAAAAAACUUAAAAUAAGUUAUGACUCUUUAGAUGACCACGACGGAAAUCUAUUCCUAGAUGUUGCUUGUUUCUUUGUUAGAAAGGACAGAGACUUCAUUAUUUCAAUACUAGAUGGAUGUGAUUUCCACACAAGAGUAGGGAUUGACAAUCUCGUUGAUAGAUGCCUCUUAACAAUUGAUGAAAAUAACAAGCUAAUGAUGCAUCAGUUGCUUCAAGCCAUGGCACGAGAAGUAAUACGACAAGAGUCACCUGAGGAACCUGAGAAAAGAAGCAGAUUGUGGGAAUAUAAGGAUGCCUUUAAUGUAUUAAUAGAGAAAACUGGGACGAAAACAAUUGAAGGCCUCAGUCUAAACAUUCAUGCAUCGAACAAAGAUAAAUCAUCCAGGAGGGUAGGUAAUGCAAAAAGAUGCAAUUCUGGAGAUUUGCAUGACAUAUCAACAAUGUUUUAUGAAGGCCAUCCAUCAAAGCAACGUCGUCUGAGCUUCUUCUCUUCCUUCCCUAUAUAUUCUGCCUUAAGAGAAUCAUUUGCCACAUCAAAAGAAGUAGACAUCCAGGCUGAUGCGUUUUCAAGAAUGUGCGAAUUGAGACUGCUUCAACUCUAUAAUGUACGGCUCACUGGACAUUAUGAGAAAUUUCCCAAGAAGUUGAGAUGGUUGUAUUGGCGUGGUUGCCCUUUAAAAUAUAUUCCCAAUGAGUUUCCUUUGGAGAGCUUGGUUGCACUUGACAUGCGUUACAGCAGACUGGAACAGGUUUGGAGGGGAACAAAGUUGCUCAGAUUACUGAAAAUCCUCAAUCUCA